CUGCGAUUGGUCACUCACACUCUCUCUUCUCUGUGAUUGGCAGGUUCUGACCAGGGGCCUGGUAGUGUGUGUCGCCACGGUGUUGCGUCGUUGCCAUGGGGAAACAGAACAGCAAGCUACGGCCAGAGAUGCUUCAGGACCUGAGAGAGAACACGGAGUUCUCUGACCACGAACUACAGGAGUGGUACAAGGGCUUCCUAAAGGACUGUCCCAGCGGCAACCUGAACGUAGAGGAGUUUAAGAAGAUCUACGCCAAUUUCUUCCCUUACGGAGAUGCCUCCAAGUUUGCCGAGCACGUCUUCCGAACGUUUGACACCAACAGCGACGGAACCAUCGACUUCCGGGAGUUCAUCAUCGCGCUGAGUGUCACGUCACGGGGAAAGCUGGAGCAGAAACUGAAGUGGGCCUUCAGCAUGUAUGACCUGGAUGGGAAUGGGUACAUCAGCCGUGAUGAGAUGCUGGAGAUCGUACAGGCCAUUUAUAAGAUGGUGUCGUCUGUGAUGAAGAUGCCGGAGGAUGAGUCCACGCCGGAGAAGAGAACAGACAAGAUCUUCAGACAGAUGGACCUCAACAACGAUGGUAAACUGUCUCUGGAGGAGUUCAUUAAAGGUGCCAAAAGUGAUCCCUCCAUCGUGCGGCUACUCCAGUGUGACCCCAGCUCCGCCUCCCAGUUCUAAUCCCGCCCACCUGGUCUGCCACGUCCACCCCGGUUGCUAUGGAAACGCUCAAAUCAGUGCAUCAUGGUUCUCGUCUCUCAUAUCUUUUUGUUGUACAAGUUGGAAGAAGAGUUUUAAAAUGAGAUAAAACUAAAAUCAUUCUAAUUUUAUUUAAAAAAAAAUAUAUAUAAACGAAAGAAGGGACAUGCAUAGAUUAUUAUUAAGAAGAUAAUACGACAACUGAGAAUUCAAAAAACAAGGCGUUGCCAAGGCAUUUCGUUGUCCGGUGUGUUUUCCCGUCUCUCUCCGGAUUCUGCUGAAUUCUGCUGCCUCACAACGCCAGGAAGUCCGUCGACCAUUUUUUUUUACAAAGUCGGGAAUUUUUUGGGGGGAAGAGAAUUAAGGGAACAUUCCAUCCUGAGAACCAUGCAUGGCCCUCUGUGUUCUAAUUAUUCUGUUCAAUAGAUUCUGUUUCUCCUCCAAUCAAGGCACAGCUUCUACAAUUCUCUUACAUGUUUAUGUGUAUAUAGAAUGCAUAUAUCUAUGACAUCAUACAAAAUGAAUAGCCAAGUAUAUCUGUCUUUUUUUUUAAACUCUUGUUGCAUUCAGGAGUCAGUAUUAUGUAGCUGUGCUUGCUCUGCUGAUCCGAUAUGGGAAUUCCGUAGCGGUUUUCCGUAGAGGGAAUAUGAGACAGGGAAGGGAAAGGAGUUGGGAAUUUUCCUGCUAUAUGAUCUUUCACUGUGGAAAAGAAAGCUGUUGAAGAUACCAUUUGGGCUUAAUAUUAUUGAUUAUUAUUAUUUGAUUACAUAAUAUUGUUUUCCUCAUGUUGUUUACUUAUAUUGAUUUUAUUUUAAUUAUUGUGGUUUUAUUUUCGAUUUUCCAUCGAAGACCAUCGUAACCCAAUACUGGAGAAGAAUCGAAAGAAAGAAAGAAAGAGAGAGAGAAAUAGAAAGAUACUUGGAUAAUGACUUGUCUUUGGAGACCGUCUCUUAUAUCUGUCCAAGAUGGAAUGUUGAGAUUUUAAAACUCGGCAUGGAAGGGAAAACUGGGAAAAUUUGAACAUUUGAUUCCAUAAUGCAUUUGAGCAACGAAACCGGUAGCAGUAAAUCAUAUCAUUUGAGCCGCCACGAGUGUAUGCAUGCAUGCAUGUAUGUGUGUGUAUGUCUGAGUGUGUGUGUGUGCAUGUGUGUACAGUAUGCAUGUGUACAGUUUGUAUGUCCAGGCUAACGUAACAGCCUAAUCAAUAAUGUUGUUUAUUAACAUGUAAUAUAAGUAUUUAAAAGGUAUUUAUUUAAACACUUUAUUACAUCACUGAGCAGUAAAGUACAGUCGUCACAUUGUCACAAACCACACUGCAUGGUACACACAAAAAAAACACAGAAAGUAAGAUUUGUAGUUUUUCUCUCUUCAGCAGUACUCUUACUGUAAUCUACCAGACCACGCUUACUGUAGUCUACCAGACCACGCUUACUGUAGUCUACCAGACCACGCUUACUGUAAUCUACCAGACCACGCUUACUGUAAUCUACCAGACCACGCUUACUGUAAUCUACCAGACCACUCUUACUGUAAUCUACCAGACCACGCUUACUGUAGUCUACCAGACCACUCUUACUGUAAUCUACCAGACCACGCUUACUGUAGUCUACCAGACCACUCUUACUGUAGUCUACCAGACCACUCUUACUGUAAUCUACCAGACCACUCUUACUGUAAUCUACCAGACCACGCUUACUGUAGUCUACCAGACCACUCUUAUUGUAGUCUACCAGACCACUCUUACUGUAAUCUACCAGACCACGCUUACUGUAGUCUACCAGACCACUCUUACUGUAGUCUACCAGACCACACUUACUGUAAUCUACCAGACCACUCUUACUGUAGUCUACCAGACCACGCUUACUGUAGUCUACCAGACCACGCUUACUGUAAUCUACCAGACCACUCUUACUGUAGUCUACCAGACCACGCUUACUGUAGUCUACCAGACCACGCUUACUGUAAUCUACCAGACCACUCUUACUGUAGUCUACCAGACCACUCUUACUGUAGUCUACCAGACCACACACAGAAGACGCAUGUCCCGUCUUUGCACACUCGUGUGUGUGUGUGUUUGUGUGUCCGUGUGUGCCACUUUAAAACAGACCCCUUCCCUCCUUCCCUCCCUCGUCUCCUAGACUUAGAGAACACACUAAGGGCUUCAUUAUCAUUCUCAAUCCCAAUGCGUUUGUGUUAUCUUCCUAUGUGUACUUAGCCAACAGGCAGUAGGUAGAGGAGUUGUUUUAAGACACUGAUCACCAAGAUAUGUGUCCCAAAUGACACCCUAUUCCCUAUAUAGUGCACUACUUUUGACCAAGGCCCCAUAGGGCUCUAGACGAGUGCACACUUCAGAAUGUAUACUGCAAUGCACCUCUGCUAAUGGGCUCCCAGUGUCACUGCCCCCUGGUGGUUGAAUGAGGAACCGUCGCUGCUAUACCGCUGCUAAAUUAUUUGACAGGUUUUACAGAAAUCUCAGUAGGAAGAUUCUCAGAUUUCCUGCUGAUUCCAGGAAUUUUUCCAACUGGGAUUUCUGGAGAAAUCUGGACAUUUUGGAAAAGUUACCAGAAUUUUGCAACCCUAUUCCAUCCCACCUACCCCUCUUCUAUACCGUCCUACCUACCCCUCUCUAUACCGUCCCACCUACCCCUCUUCUAUACCGUCCCACCUACCCCUCUUCUAUACCGUCCCACCUACCCCUCUUCUAUACCGUCCUACCUACCCCUCUUCUAUACCGUCUUACCUACCCCUCUUCUAUACCGUCCCACCUACCCCUCUUCUAUACCCCUCUUCUAUACCAUCCUACCUACCCCUCUUCUAUACCGUCCCACCUACCCCUCUUCUAUACUGUCCCACCUACCCCUCUUCUAUACCGUCUUACCUACCCCUCUUCUAUACCGUCCCACCUACCCCUCUUCUAUACCCCUCUUCUAUACCAUCCCACCUACCCCUCUUCUAUACCGUCCCACCUACCCCUCUUCUAUACUGUCCUACCUACCCCUCUUCUAUACCAUCCCACCUACCCCUCUUCUAUACUGUCCCACCUACCCCUCUUCUAUUCCGUCCCACCUACCCCUCUUCUAUACCGUCCUACCUACCCCUCUUCUAUACCGUCCUACCUACCCCUCUUCUAUACCGUCCUACCUACCCCUCUUCUAUACCGUCCUAUCUACCCCUCUUCUAUACCGUCCUACCUACCCCUCUUCUAUACCGUCCUACCUACCCCUCUUCUAUAGCGUCCCACCUACCCCUCUCUAUAUCGUACUACCUACCCCUCUUCUAUACCGUCCUACCUACCCCUCUUCUAUACCGUCCCACCAUCCCUCUUCUAUACCGUCCUACCUACCCCUCUUCUAUAGCGUCCCACCUACCCCUCUUCUAUACCGUCCUACCUACCCCUCUUCUAUACCGUCCUACCUACCCCUAUUCUAUAGCAUCCUACCUACCCCUCUUCUAUACCGUCCUACCUACCCCUCUUCUAUACCGUCCCACCUACCCCUCUCUAUAUCGUACUACCUACCCCUCUUCUAUACCGGUCCUACCUACCCCUCUUCUAUACCGUCCUACCUACCCCUCUUCUAUACCCUCCUACCUACCCCUCUUCUAUACCGUCCCACCUACCCCUCUUCUAUACCGUCCCACCUACCCCUCUUCUAUACCGUCCUACCUACCCCUCUUCUAUAGCGUCCCACCUACCCCUCUUCUAUAGCGCCCCACCUACCCCUCUUCUAUACCGUCCUACCUACCCCUCUUCUAUAGCGUCCCACCUACCCCUCUUCUAUACCGUCCUACCUACCCCUCUUCUAUACCGUCCCACCUACCCCUCUCUAUAUCGUACUACCUACCCCUCUUCUAUACCGUCCUACCUACCCCUCUUCUAUAGCAUCCCACCUACCCCUCUUCUAUACCAUCCUACCUACCCCUCUUCUAUAUCGUACUACCUACCCCUCUUCUAUAGCGCCCCACCUACCCCUCUUCUAUUCUCACUGCCUCUAAAACUGGUACCUUCAGUUGGAUCAAUAAAAACCUCCUAUUUCUUUAUUUUUUUCUGUUGCAUGAAAACCUCCAGCAAAGAUUGUCAUGUUUCUUCCUGUUUUGACCCGAAUCGAUGACAAAUAUACCUUAUGUAUUUCAAACA